ACGAAAUCCUCAUUUCAUGAAAAUUCUCUCUAUUCCCUAAUUCUUCUUAUGGCUGAAGUCGAUGGGAACCCCCAUCUUCUGGCGCGCGCCUCCGACGUCGAUCCCAAAGACCUUCCACCAACUCCGGUACUCCGUUCGUCACCAUUCUGGCUUUCCAAUCUUCAACGGUCGCACGCAAAGGUAAACUCGCUCCGCAUCUACCCCACAUCGCAGCACACCCCUGACCUUCCAUCUUAGGUGCACCCGUUCCUCCCCAUCUCCGGCUGUCGUCGAUGAUGUUGAUAGCGAUUUUAGGGCUGUGGAGGCUGGGAAAACACGAAGUAACAGCCCAAUCAUUCUGAUUUUCAGCUUGUGGACACAAGAUGUGAAGGCAAUUUUUUUUUUAGAAGUUACACACCAUUCAAUUGAUUACUCUUAUAUGCACUGGUUGUUGAUGAUGGCCAAUCAUCUUACGAAGAAUGAUGUUGUUAGUCAUAAACCUGCUACUCAUUCUAGCCUGUUUAAUUCACAUCAUGCUGUAGAAGCAAGAAGAAGCAGGGCCAGGGAGCAGAAGCUUGCAGUUCCUGAGAAUUAUCAUAUCCUAACAAUAAUAGAUGAGAUACACAACGCUCAAAAAAGAGCACAUAUCUUUGCAGAGCAAGACAUUAUGGUGGAGAAAACAAAAGAAAAAAGAAAGACACUCGAGUCUUUUAUCUAUGACACAUGUAGCAAGCUUUUUAGUUCCUAUCGAAACAUUGCAACAGAUUCAGAGCUUGAGCAUCUUGAAAGGGUGUUAAAAUUUUUUUAA